GUGGUACAAGCUCCGCUCCAAACCUGGGAAGAAGGAAAAGGAGAGAGGGGAGAUCGAGGUGGACAUCCAGUUCAUGAGGAGCAACAUGACAGCCAGCAUGUUUGAUCUGUCCAUGAAGGACAAGCCCCGCUCUCCCUUUGGGAAGCUCAAAGACAAACUCAAGGGCAAGAGGAGCAGUGGCCUCUCAGACACAGCGUCAGCCAUCGUCCCCAGCACCUCCCACUCCCCUGCUGACAGCGAGGAUGAGGCAGUGGAGAAGGAGAAGAAGAAAUCCAAGUUCAAAGCGCUGUUCUCCAAGCCUGGCCUGCAGAAGACAUCGCUGUCCCAGUCCAUGUCGGUGCUGCCCACCCAGCAGCCCCUCACCCCGAGGGUUCGGCUGCGGCCCAGCGACUUCCAGGCGCAGUGGGAUGAGGAGGAGGAGUCCCAGACCUCUCCUGCCUCAGAACGUUCCUUUGAAAGUGUGCCAGAACAGAAGCCAGCUCCUUCUCCUCUGUUCAAAUCUCGUAAACCAACCUUUUUGGACAGUAGGCAGCUAACCCAGGGAACCACUAACCACACCAAAAAGGAUGGGCUCUCGUUGUUCAGUGGCCUUAAAUCCAAAAACGAUCCCGUGUCCAAGUCCAGUCUGUGCAUCAAUGGCAGUCACGUUUAUAUGGAAGAGACCACGACAAAGGACAAGACUCCAACCUCCUCCCCCUCUCCUCACAACCUCAGGAGGAAGCAGCUCUUUGCUUCAGAGGAGAACCUGUCCUCCAGGUCCACUAAGCCACCUGAAGAGACGGGGAGAACCUCUCCUGGGCAGGCAUUCUCUGGCUCCACAUCCUUGGAGACUUUCAAAUCCAUGACUUUGCCAUCGUACAAACUGCUCAGCAGUGAGGAGCACCUGGACACCAGCGUUCCACCAAGCACUGAGCCUGUCAGAGAGACCAAAAAACCAGACCACAAAAAGUCUGCCUUGCUCUCCUUGGUCACUGGGAAGAAGGAAACGGUGAAGCCCAGCGAGGCUGAGAUUAUUCCUGACAGGACCCUGCAGAGUGAGGAAAAUACAAUUCCAGAAGAGAAGAGUGAGGAGGAGGCCAAAUGCCCUGAAGCCCCAGCAGAUGUGGGCAGAGGGAGCCCCUCAGGAGAUGCUCACCAUGCAGGGGAGGCCAUCACAACCAAGCAGCAGCCCAGCCCUUGUGAGGAGGAACAAAAACCUGAGAAAGCUGCACCAGCCAAGACCAAAGCUGUGAAACCCAGAAAUACGAUCCCUCAGACCCUGCCUAUGCCUAUGCUCAGCUGACACACGAUGAGCUGAUCCAGCUGGUGCUCAAACAGAAGGAUACCAUUACCAGGAAGGACCUGCAGGUGAGGGAGCUCGAGGAUUACAUCGACAACCUGCUGGUCAGAGUCAUGGAGGAAACCCCAAACAUCCUCAGAAUCUCCAUGUCUGGCAACAAAAAAGCUGGGAAGAUGUGAAAGGUCUGGUGGGCAAGGACUGAUCCCCCUCAGGGGAGGGUGAGGAGCUGCUGGUGCUGCUCGUGCUGCUCCCAGAAAAUGAGUUUUUCCUGUUCCUGCCUUGAGCAACCCUCAGAUUGAUUAAUAGUCCCAUCAGGUCACCUUACUGUAUUUAUUUUCUUGGUUUCUUCCCAUUGUUUGGGAAGGUCAGGCUGUGAUGGGAAGGAGGAGGGUUUUUGAUGUGUUUUGCUUCCCAGCAAGGCACUGAUGAUCCUUUAGGAAGAUUUUUUUUAAAAAUGGUUUUGUUUUGUAGCAGCUUUUAGAGAUCAGUUACUUUUCUUUCCACAUCUGAAGUUGUAGUGCAAUAUAAAUCCUUGGACAGUAGAGCUUGAGGAUUUGAUUGUUUUUAAAAUAAUAAUAAUAAUUAACUACACUGGAGAAAUCCAAAGAUGGCCCAGCUUCAGAGCUGGGCUGUAAUUUAAAAGGAAUCAAUGCCCUGAAAGUUGAGUGUAAGCUGACCAAAUCUCAGUUCAUCUCAUCAAGUGGACAUUCCCAAGAAUCCUUCAAGGGAAAGUUUUCAGGUUUUUUGGAGUAGGAGAUGUUGAGGUUCAUGGUAUGUUUCUACCAUAGGAAUGGCAUCAGUGAAUUUAGCCCAAAGGUACAUUUUAAACCAGAAAUUGUUCUUUUAGUGUCUUAAAUUUCUGUUUUGAAGGUUAUUCAGAGCA